AUGAAGGAACUCAAACAUCUUAACCAUUUUCUUGGCUUGGAGGUUGAUCGCAGUGAAGAAGGAAGUUUCUUGCAUCAGCAGAAGUACUCCAAAGAUGUAUUGAAGAAGUUUGGGAUGUUCAAUUGCAAACCAACCUCAACACCGCUGGAUCCAAAUGUUAAGAUGUGUGCUCAUGAAGGGAAAGACUUGGAAUAUGCAACAAUGUAUCGGCAAUUGGUGGGUAGUUUGAUUUACAUAACUUUAAUAAGACCCAACAUCUCUUAUGCAGUAGGUGUGAUGAGUCGUUACAUGCAAAAUCCAAAGAAGUCUCAUUUGGAUGGAGUUCGUCGAAUCUUGAGAUAUGUAAAGAGUACAAUUGACUAUGGUCUCUUGUAUAAGAAAGGUGAAGAAUGCAAACUGAUCGGAUAUUGUGACUCUGACUAUGGAAGAGACCAUAAUACCCGUCGUUCAACUACUUGUUUUGUGUUUAAGUUUGGAACUGGAGCAAUUUCUUGGUGCAACAAAAGUCAGCAAUUUAUGUGGCUGAAAAUCCAGUUUUCCAUGCAAGGACUAAACAUGUGGAGAUACAUUACCACUUUAUUCGGGAAAAAGUUUUGUAAGGAGAGAUUGGUUUGGAGCACAUCAAAACAGAACAUCAAAUUGCACACUUGUUCACCAAAGGUUUUAGUGUCAACAAGUUGCAGAGUUUCUGCAAGCAGCUAG